AUGCUGAGAAAAAUCGAAUUUUCCAUAAGCAUCGGAAAUAUUUUCGGCGUCGCCCCUUUAAUAGACUUCAACUCGACGACCAUCAGAAAAAGGCGCUUGUACAGAUCGUACGCGGUCUCGUACUACCUAAUCAUUCAGCUAAUACAAAUCUACAGCAUCUAUCAGUUGCUAGCCCCGGGCUCCAGCCACAACAUCUACGCCUUUUCGCUGUUCGCCGAGGUCCUGCGCGACAUCCUGGACUCUCUAAACUGCUUCAUCACCUUCAUCGGAUCGUCCUUUUGGAACGCCCGCAAGUGGAUCGAGCUGCACAGAAAGAGCAAACGCAUUCAGCAAUCGAUGCGACCAAAACCGAACUCGUUCGUGAGGAACUACAAAAAAUUACUAACAAUCAAUCUAAUCACAUGCACCCUCGUUUCUCUAGUAGCUAACAUGUUUUGGUGUAUUCGUGAUGGUUAUAUCGUACAGAGCAAAUACUUCAUCAAAUACGUAUGCAUGAGUAUUCAGCAAGUGCAAUUAUCGAUCGCUUUUUCGUAUAUUUAUUACGCCUAUUUGCAGUAUAAGGAGUUGAAUAGCACAUUCGUGCGGCAAUUCAGGAUGAAAUGUCUGCUCAGCGGGUCCGUUGAUAAAAUGUUCAGGCAAUUGCGCGAGUUAAUCGCCGAUAUUAAUUCGUUGUUCGGCAUUCAAAUAUUCCUUACUAUAAUUUCGAAUAGUAUUUUAACGUUGCACGGGAUGGAAGUGGUUACAGCGCCGUCGUGGAAACAUUCCACCGAUGCUUUGGCGAAUAUUAUGGUGGUGUUUUCCUUCAUAAUCCUGCCGAUUCUGGUGAUAUUCGCCGCCGAUUGGACGGCCGCGGAGUCGCAGAAACUGAUCGCCCUGUGCUACGAAUUCCAAGAGAACUAUCCCGUUUUCAGCAGGGAGAAACAGGAAUUGCUGAAUCUGGUCGAACACGUGCGGGCCACCAAACCCGCUCUCACCGCCGGCCAUUUCUUCGAUCUCAACUACAAGACGCUGUUCACCCUUUCGGGCACAAUCAUCACCUAUUUUUUCGUUUUAAUGCAAUUUAAUUCGACAUUCGGCUAUUAA